CACGUCUCAGAGCAGCAAGGUCAAUGUCUGAUUUAUGGCAAUGCGUGAGAUUUGGGAUUAUUUUUGGAUCAUGCCAAGCCAAGGGAGUAAAGGCUGAUCUCUGAGAGCCAAACCCACCUGCUGUGGUGUGUGUGAGAUGGAGCUGGUGGGACCCUAUAAAAGCCCUCAAGAAGAAGCCUGGUGGCUGACACUGACUCACCGGCAUCCAGAAGAAGAACUUGACCAGCAGGAGCAGCAGAGAGCCUAUAAUCAUGUCACACGCUUGGGGAUAUGGUCCUGACAAUGGACCCGACACUUGGCAUCAUUCCUUCCCUAUCGCACUGGGUGAGACCCAGUCCCCUAUUAACAUUGUCACAAGCGAAGCCAAACAUGACAGUUCACUUCAUCCUUUGACCAUUAACUAUGAUCCAUCAACUGCCAAACUCAUCAUAAAUAAUGGCCAUUCCUUCAACGUGGAGUUUGAGGAUUCCGACGACAGAUCAGUGCUAAAAGGUGGGGCUCUGCAUGGCACCUACAGACUGAAACAAUUCCACUUUCACUGGGGAUCCUGCGACGGGCAAGGCUCUGAGCAUACUGUGGAUGGAGUGAAAUAUGAGGCAGAGCUUCACUUGGUGCACUGGAAUACUAAAUAUGACAGUUUUGGUGAAGCCGUUAAGCACUGCGAUGGUCUCGCCGUAGUUGGUGUCUUUCUAAGUGUGGGAGAGGCCAGGCCACAGUUGCAAGCAGUGAUUGAUGCCUUACAAUUAAUUCCAACAAAGGGAAAAGAGGCUCCUUUCCAUGACUUUGAUCCUUCAGGGUUGCUUCCAAACUCUCGGGAUUUUUGGACUUAUCAAGGAUCUCUGACGACUCCGCCACUGCUGCAGUGUGUAGUCUGGAAUGUUCUAAGAGAUCCAAUCACUGUGAGCAGUGAACAGCUGUCAGCACUCCGAGGCCUUUACUUUGACGAUGAGCAUGACAGUCCUUGCCACAUGGUUGACAACUAUCGCCCACCACAGCCACUGAAGGGUCGUCCCGUUCGAGCAUCAUUCCAAUAGAAGGACAACCGCCCAUCUGUAUUGCAAAUCUGCUUGCUAAUGUUUAAUUAUCUCUCACUGUGUGCAAACUGGAAGCCCUUUCUUGCUCUAUGCUGAAACUCUAAUCCGCUGGCAAGUAUUAGGAUCUGAUUAAUGAAAUGUGAAAGUCGAAUGACAAAGGCAAAUCAUUUCUAAUGUGAGGCGUUGCUUACAGCUUCACAGAGCCUAGCUUCUGCUUGUUUUCUUCUGAACAAUGCUGCAAUUACUAUAGGAGAGGGGAACUAGUGUUCUGUAGAUUCUUCUAGAAUUAUGUCUUAAAAUGCAGAUAAAAACUUGAAUGAAGUACGUACAUACACUGAUAUGUAUUUUAUAACGUGCACUAAUGUGUGUUUUAAAUUUUACCUAUUCCAGAGAAAAAUAUAUUGCUUUUAAUAGAGUGUAAAUAUUUUAAAAAUAUAUAUAUAUAUAUAAAGAACAAAUAUAUGACAGAUAUAUAUAUAUAUAUAAGAGAGAGUCUUAUUGGUGCUAAUUUUGCACAGUCUUAAAUUUCCAAAAUGAACUGAAAGAAACAUGGAAUUAUAAUUGUAUUUUGGAUACCAUAAUAAAUACUAAAACUG